AUGGCGCCGAGCUAUGCCGGCAUGUCCGGUAAGCCUCUGAGUUUGACGGUGUCGACCAUCGCUACUAUGGGCUUCCUGCUUUUCGGUUACGAUCAGGGUGUCAUGUCCGGCAUUAUUGAUUGCGAUGCCUUCGGCAGGUUCAUGCCUAUCACCCGGGGCGACUCCACCAUGCAGGCCUUGGUGACUGCUGUCUACGAGUUGGGCUGUCUGGCUGGUGCCAUGUAUGCCUUGUUCGCUGGUGACAAGUUUGGCCGUCGUCUCAUGGUUAUCCAAGGUGGUUAUAUCAUGAUCAUUGGUGUUAUCAUUCAAAUCUGUGCUAUCAAGGGCCAUGGAGCUACUGCCCAGUUCUUUGUCGGCCGUAUCGUCACUGGCAUUGGCAACGGAAUAAAUACUUCGACUAUCCCGACCUACCAAGCCGAGUGCUCGCAUUCCGCCAACCGUGGUCUUCUCAUCUGUAUUGAGGGUGGUAUCAUCGCUGUUGGUACAAUGAUCGCCUACUGGAUUGACUUUGGUGCCUCCUACGGCCCGGAUGACCUCGUCUGGCGUUUCCCUAUUGGCUUCCAGAUUUUCUUCGGUAUUAUCAUUGUCGUUGGCAUGUACUAUAUGCCCGAGUCACCUCGCUACCUCAUUUCCAAGGGCAAAAUACAGGAGGGUGAGUAUGUGCUCGCUGCUCUCAAUGGUCACGAAAUCGAAUCCCACGAGACCCAGAUCCAGAAGAAGCUCGUUAUCGAGUCCAUUGAAGCUGCCGGUGUUGCUGCCGGUGCUGGUUACUCCGAUCUCCUCACUGGUGGUAAGACCCAGCACCUGCGCCGUAUGCUUAUCGGUUCUUCGUGUCAAAUCGCCCAACAGCUAUCUGGUUGCAAUGCUGUGAUUUACUACCUACCUGUCCUCUUGAAGAAGUCCCUCGGCCAGACUGAGUUCAUGUCCAUGCUUAUCGGUGGUAUUAAUAUGAUCGUCUACGCCAUCUUCGCCACGUUCUCCUGGUUCUUCAUCGAGAGGAUUGGUCGCCGCAAGCUCUUCAUCGGCGGUAUGACAGGUCAGAUGGUUUCUAUGAUCAUCGUCUUCGCUUGUUUGAUCCCCGACCAGACCGAAGCUUCCAAAGGUGCUGUCUUUGGUCUGUUCCUCUAUAUGUCCUUCUUCGGUGCCUCGAUUCUGCCCCUCCCCUGGUUGUACCCCGCCGAGAUCUCGCCUCUCCGUACCCGUACCAAGGCCAAUGCUGUCUCGACCUGCUCAAACUGGCUGUUCAACUUCACUGUUGUUAUGAUCACCCCGGUUAUGCUUGAGCGUAUUUCCUGGGGUACCUACCUGUUCUUUGCCGUAAUGAACUUCAUCUUCAUCCCCCCCAUGAUUCUCUUCUACCCCGAGACAGCUGGCCGCAGUCUGGAGGAGAUUGAUCUCAUCUUUGCCAAGGGUUACUGCGAGAACAUGAGCUAUGUCAAGGCUGCCAAACAGCUGCCUAAGCUCACCAAUGAGGAGAUUGAGGCCAAGGCUGCUGAGUAUGGCUUUGAGUCUGACCGCCGCCGCGGCGAUACCGAGAAUGGCGGCGAAAAGGGCUCCCCUCGAAGCACCUCCAGCGAUGGCAAGCAACUUUUCGAGGAGGAAGAGAACGCCACUACCAUCUCUUGA